CGUUUGCGCCAGUAGCAAAAUGACUGUCGGCUUAGAACGUUCGAUGUGCGGGUCAACUGCAAUUGCAGUGUAUCUAUCAAUUGUGCUUCUGUUCAGCUUAGUGGAAGCUCGAACGCCUGCGCCUUCGAACAAAGUUAGUAGCUACUUUGCAAUAGAUUUGGAGGAUGGCACUAUGACCACGCCCCAGCUUAUUCAGAAGUAUGGAUAUCACGUUGAACACCAUGAAGCAACCAGUGCAGAUGGGUACAUCAUUUCAUUAACACGCAUUCCACCGAGUAAACCCAAUCGUCACCGAUAUCCAAUAUUGCUCGUACAUGGUGUACUCGGUAGCUCGGGAGACUACUUGGUCAUUGGUCCGAACAAUAGUAUUGCAUAUUUGCUGGCCGAUCGCGGAUACGAUGUGUGGUUAGCAGAUAUGCGUGGUAACCGGUACUCCCAGAAACAUGUGCGGCUUACGACCGACUCACCGGACUAUUGGGACUUUAGUUGGCACGAGAUGGGAUACUAUGACCUGCCGGCUAUCAUCGAGUAUAUUCUGCGCCAAGCAGCCGCACGGAAGCUCAUCUACAUCGGUCACUCCCAGGGAACAACCGUGUUCUUUGUAAUGGCUUCGGCUCGGCCAGAAUUUAACGACAAAAUCGCUCGCAUGUACGCGCUUUCUCCCGCUGUUUGCCUUAAGCGUGUCCGUAGUCCUUUGACCCGAUGGUUGAUCGACCACGUAUACCACUUGAAGCAACUGUUUGAUAUGUUCGGUGUGUACCAGUUUCUACCGCACAGCGAUCUGACCUAUCUGCUUUCCGGCAUUAUCUGUCCGAUGAAUGACGAAAACAACAUCUGCAUGCAGAUUGUUAGCCAGACGGUUGGUCCUAAUCCCAAAAUGGUAGAUAUGAUGGCCAUGCACAUCCUUACCGGGCAUGAUCCGGCCGGUGCAUCGGUGAAACAACUUCUGCACUUUGCUCAAGUGCAACGCUCGGGACAAUUUCGACAGUAUGACUACGGACGGCGGAAUAACACGGUUCGGUAUAGUCACUGGAAGCCUCCAGCUUACAAUCUGUCGGCGGUAACGGCACCGAUUUCCAUCUUCUAUGCUCUGAACGAUUGGUUGGUCGAUCCAGGGGAAGCACAACGGUUCGCGAGACUGCUACCGAACAAACCGCUGAUCAACAUGGUCGAGGACGAGAACUUCAACCAUCUUGAUUUUGUUACAGCUAAAAACGCGCGAUCACUAGUGUACGAGCCUAUAUUGAGUGACCUACGAGAAAUAGAUGAGCUAACUUUGAAGGAAAAUACGUAAAGCGCCAUUCGUUAACGUAAUUGUACUGUGAGCAUUAGUUGGUGUGUUUGUGGCCGAAUCAUUUUAUCACCACGAAAAAGUCUUGGUCCCAAAGAGUGCUUUACGCUUGUUCGAAAGUGUCGCAUUAAGUGAAAAUAUUAACGAGAAAAUAUGAUGCAUUGCUAGUGUUAUAUAAGCAGCUGGAUUCUAAGCAGUGAUUGGUGAUAACCAUGAUAAAACGCUGAUUCGUAGAUUGCCAUGUUUAAAUUCCAUGAUAUGGAUAAGGAAACUCAUCAUUUCAAUUCGCAGUGUCAUGCAGUUUCUCCGUCACUCUUCUAAGAGCGAGCACAACAUUUCCUCACCUGAAACACCCUGCUUAUUAACCGUUAUGAUACUACUCUCGAGCCACCGUACAGUUCCUGUGAAUAGUAACAAUUAAAUAAUCAUCUCCGUUCACUGUGGGUGUGCCGUAAUCGAUUAUCUACGUUUUGCAAUAGCCAACGCGGCGGUCUUCGCCGCGUUACACAAUAUUAGCAUUCACACGAUAAGAUUAUCUGAGAUAAUAGAUCAGUAAGUAGCACUUUGCAUUCAUGAUUACAUUUCCUCCAGACAUACGGUGACGAUGCACAACUGGAUACUCCAACUCUACCGCACCCCGGUACAUUCUCGUUGAACAAAAUAGACAAUGUACACUUUCCACUUCUCACAGUACAUAAUGUAAUAUCAUCGUAAUUUAGGGAAAAACAGUACAAACUCAUCCAGGAUUACUUUUCAGACGAGAUUAAUCGGCAAGAAAUGCUUGGAAUGUAACAAUGUUUCCAAUAUUUCGUUACUAGGCAAACGAAAAUCGAGAACUUCUAUUUUGUGUAACACAAAGCACGUGCAACAGGAUUGCACCAUGCGAAUAGCGAUGAAGGCCAAUAGUAGUUUAGUUAUUUUAUCAACUGCAAUAUUUGUGUACGUAUCAAAAUGUUCUUUUGAAAUUAUUUUAAAGUAGCAAUAAAAAUGGUUAUUAUUAUUUAAUAACAUAAAUUAAACGGCACACUUUACUCCAACCCGUGGGCACGAAAUCACUCAAGUUCUAUUCCACACUCCGCACGCUCAUUGAAAAGACACGCUAGUGUGAAGGUAAAGGACAAAUGAUCUUGCACCCUCGUUCACCUUGGCAAUGGAAGUAAAAUGCAUGCCACUGCUCAACUGCAACGCAUCGUAACGCUAGCAGACAAAUGAUCUCAGUACCACACAGUGGUCGGUAGUGGAAGUAUGAGGUAAUCUAUAUCAGCGUUAAGGAAUAAGACUCGCAAGAUUUGAUUCAGUGCUAAUGGUUGUAAUAGAAGAGAAAUAGUGUCAGCAUGUACGAUUAAAGAAGAAGAAGAUACAUACGUAGUAUUGGGAUCUACAGAAAACCAGACACGUCCCAAAAAGUCAAACGUGGUUUGUGCAUUCUUUCGGUGUUACAGACUAAUGGCUACAGGCUUGUAGCAAACUAACCAAAUAAUGUAGAUAAUUAUUUUCUCUUCCUAAUUUGCACUUUGGUGCUCGUGAAAUUAUCGUUUGAAUAUUGGAAAUUCUAGAAGGAACCUUAUCAAAUUAAAAGGACCUGUAGAAGUAAUCUGUUUGUGCACACAUGUUAUCAAGCAACAACUCCAUCGAAUACUCACCAUUAAACGAAUAAUUAAACUCUUAAAUUAUUCGUGAAAUAUUAAAUUGAUUCGUUUAAAACCCAAAACAUUCCGACGAUUUCAGAUUGGUGU